CCUUGGCUGUUACUGCCUACCCCCACAAACUGGUCACUGCACAUCACUGCUCAGCAGGGGCAAUAGCAGCAGCAGCUGGAGCAGCAGGAGUCUUGAUGGGUUUAUGCCUGUGGUCCCAAAUGCCAGUUCUGGCACACCUGCUAGAUUAAUAGUGCUAGAUUUUGGCGUAAUGGUGCUUGGUGAUCCUCCUUUGGGAUGAAAGCUCGCAGAUGGGUCAGGGACUCUGGAGAGUUGCUAGGAACCAGCAACUACAACACCAAGGAUACAGUGGACAAGGCUAUCUUACCAGAGAACAUGGUAGGAGGAUAGCUUCUAACAAUGUUUCCAAUACAAGCCAUCGCAAACAAGCCCAAGGAGGCAUUGACAUCUACCACCUGUUGAAGACAAGAAAAUCUAAAGAACAAGAAGGAUUCAUUAACUUGGAAAUGCUGCCACCGGAGCUUAGUUUUACCAUUUUGUCAUACCUGAAUGCAACUGAUCUCUGUCUAGCCUCAUGUGUCUGGCAGGAUCUUGCUAAUGAUGAGCUUCUUUGGCAAGGGUUGUGCAAAUCCACUUGGGGUCACUGUUCUAUAUACAAUAAGAAUCCUCCUCUAGGAUUUUCUUUUAGAAAAUUGUAUAUGCAGCUAGAUGAGGGCAGUCUCACCUUUAAUGCCAACCCUGAUGAGGGAGUCAACUACUUUAUGUCCAAGGGCAUACUAGAUGAUUCACCAAAAGAAAUAGCUAAGUUUAUCUUUUGCACAAGAACACUAAAUUGGAAGAAGCUGAGAAUCUACCUUGAUGAAAGGCGAGAUGUUUUGGAUGACCUUGUGACGCUGCACAACUUCAGAAAUCAGUUCUUGCCAAAUGCACUGAGAGAGUUCUUCAGACACAUUCAUGCUCCUGAGGAGCGUGGGGAGUACCUUGAGACUCUCAUAACAAAGUUCUCUCACAGAUUCUGUGCUUGUAACCCUGAUUUGAUGAGAGAGCUUGGCCUUAGCCCCGAUGCAGUUUAUGUACUAUGUUACUCUUUGAUUCUACUUUCCAUUGAUCUAACAAGCCCUCACGUGAAGAACAAAAUGUCAAAGAGGGAGUUCAUCCGAAAUACACGACGAGCGGCACAGAAUAUUAGUGAAGAUUUUGUAGGGCACCUUUAUGACAACAUCUACCUUAUUGGCCAUGUGGCUGCCUAAAAGCACAAUUUGCUAGCACUUAAAACUUGUAAUUUACAAAAACUACAUCAGUUCAAGAAAUUAAUUAUUUUGUAGAGAUGGGGGUUAUUUUAGUGCUGGUCAUUCUAACCUCUGUAUGCAAUCAAAGUUUGUGUGUGUAUGUGUAAACUACCUUUUCUAUCUAUUUACUGUUGGAACAGAAGGAUUUGGAGAUCUGUUUUUCAUAAUUUUUUUAGUUUUGCACAAAACAAUUCCAUUAGUCUGACACAGCCAUUUAUGAAUGUUAAACUGACAUUACAGUCUAAGCUGACAAAGUGGUGAAUUUGUGCGUUAGAUCUGCUUGAAACUUUAAUAAGUUCAUUCUUUUUAGACUACCAUGUAAUGUGUAUAUAUUUAACUAAAGAGAUUUAUAAUCAUGAUUAUUUUAUUGUAAAAUAUUUUAACUAAAAUUUCUCCUUUUAUCUCUUAAAAUAGUGUUGUACUUCUUUCUUUUGCAUUUUCUUACAGUGCUGACUACCUCAGAUACAAAAGUUAGAGAAACAUUAUUCUGAAUACUACGAUAAAGUUUAUUCUAGUAGAUUACAGAACACUUGUAAAAUAUCUAAGAUGAUAUUUAAUAUUCUCUUGACUAACUGAAUUAGCACAUUGGCAAUCUGCCUUUCACUCAAUUUUGAAGAAGAUUACAGCCUCUAUUUUAGGUGAACCCUGAUGUCGUACAGGGAUAGCCUAGGUAAAUUGUACAGAUUACAUAGAGCUAACCUAUACCACAGACACUAGUUAUUUGGAUCAUAGGACAAAAAGCAUCUAUUUAGCACAGUGAACAAGGAACAAUCUCAGCAGGGUGCAUGGUAGGGGUAGCUAAUGUGUUGCAGCUUUCAGCUGCUUCCCUCGGUCUAGAACUGUCAAUGAUGGAAGUGCCGAGGCAAGUAUGUACCAGAUGACUCAUUGCUAAAGCUGUUACAAACUGACUGUGCAAGAUCCAAGCCGUGACUGUGCAGGAUUGGAGAGCUGUUUCAGACUCAGAUACUGAAUUACUCUCUAAAUCUGUCAUAGAGCUAGAUUUUAAAUAGUUCUAAAUGUAUGAAAAUACUUCAAAAAUGGUUUUGGUCGGAUUGUGUCUUACAUUUUCUGAAGCCUGUAGGCUAUUAGCAGUACAACUGCCGUGCAUGUGCAGGAAUUGAAUGAGGAUUUGCCUGGUUUUUGUUCAGAUGACUCAUAGAGCAGUACUUUUCUUAAAUUGACAUAAUAUGUAGUUGAAAUCAGAGCUGUUCCUGAUUAUGUUUGUUUACAUAAUACUGAGCUAUUGCUAGCAUCUGGAUUCAUCAUGGUAACAAGUAGAUUUAUCCUUUUUCCCUACCACACCAUGAGGUGAGGUAGGAAGAUAUUCUUAGUUCUAUUUUACAGAUUAAUAUGAUUUUUUUAUGUAGGAAGCCUAUGGCAAAGCCAGGAAUUGAAUGCAGGUCAUACUCCUCACAGACACGCACUAUGCCCACACUGCUGCUUUCCAUUUGGCACCUAGGGGGUGUUACAUUUGUCUUAGAUAUGAGAAGAUGACAGUAACAGUCCACAUAAGGUCCACAUAAAUGACAGGGAUUAAAAAAAUGUAGCUACUGCUGCUAUUUCAAGUGUUAGUACAUUUUGUUUGUAGCUCUGGUCCACAUGCAAAAAUGCAGCCAGAAAAAGUUGUAUUUUUUUAUUAUGUUACCUUUAAGUGUAAAUGCAAUUUGUAUUUGUGUACUGUACACAGCCAAAGCCAGGAGCCAGCAAUAAAUGCAGCCAUCCUCCAGACAGGUUUUAUAAUAUCACUCCCCUCUCUUUGGAUAACUUCUCAUUACUUCAUCCAGUGUCAUUUCAUGUAUUUCAGAAAGCUCAAGGAUGCAUUUUGCAGUAGUCAAUUGAUCUCAAACACAAAUAAAGGGUAUAUGGUACACUGAGGAGCUUUGAAGGCACAGGUAUCUGGUCCUGUU